AUGGAAGGAGAAAGCAAGGCAGCGAAGAGGAAGCUGCUCGAGGAGCGUGCCGACCUGCGCGCCCAGACGCAGUACAUGGUCCCCACCUACGAGGAGCUCACCGAACGGUAUGAGCAAACGCUGGCGUUGAGUGCGAGCACCAAGUCGAUGACGGACCUCUUCUCCGUGGACCGCCUGCUGGAAGCGGGCGUGUUUGCGCACAUGCUCGAACCCAUCCUGGACGACGAAGACGACGAAGGGAUCAGCGACGACGAGGGCCUCUUCACGCUGACCGAUCAGACCCCCACCGCAGAGAGCCUGGCUAGGAGGAGAGCGGAGCUCACCUGGAAAGGGGAGAUCACCGAGAAAGUCUACCGGGCACUGCUGAAGCAGCACAAGACCGAGCGACGGCUCCGUCGUCUGGCUGAGCAGGGGCGAUUGCUUGAAGAUGGCCAGCGGGAGCUCAAGAGGCUCAGGGUCGACUCGUUCUUGGACGACAGCAACAAAGAAGGAGGCGAAGACGAAGAAGACUCUGCCCUGCUGCGUGACCUCAAACGGCGCUUCGGCAAGCCCAAGCGGUACAAGCGAAUCAGUCCCUCGCGCUACGUCCUGUCACCCAUGGGCGACACCAACUUUUACAUCGAUGCCGAGGACGACUACUUUAGUUACGAGCAGGCCGCGCGCUACGGCUACGCUGAGGAGGGAGGAAAGUUCAGGGAGAAGCCACACAAGGGGGACAAAUAUGCUCUGUUGGAGCUCGCCCACUUGCCGCCGGAAAUGAACAAGGAAGAGUUCGCCCGGGCCUGGACACAGAUCGUCAAGCGGGACAUGCCACGCGCACACCGGCAACAUGUGGCUUCGCGCCAGGCCACAAUCAACAACUGCAAGAAACUCGCGGUCAUGUGCCAGAAGGAGAUGCAACGACGCGCCAUUCUCUUGCGGCGACAGGGCAGGGACGCCAACCUGCGGGCCAAGAAGAUGGCACGAGAGAUGGCCGUUUGGUGGCGAAAGCACGACAAAGAGCAGCGGGCGGCCCUCAAGAAGCGAGCUGCCGAAGACCGAAAGAAGAAGAAGGAAGAGGACGAAAGGAGGGAAGCACAGAGGCAGCAGAAGAAACUCAAUUUCCUCAUCACCCAAACGGAGCUCUACUCCUAUUUCAUCGGCAGGAAAAUGCCAGGCCAAGAGUCCAGCACAGCCACGGCCGAAGGCGUGCCUGCUCCUCCGCCGCCUCCGCCGUCGACUAUGGUCACUCCACGCGUCGUUGGCCGACAUCCACCCAAGGCAAUGCAGCAAGCCGCUCCAGAAGCCGAGGCCGAAGACGCUGACCUGGACCCUGAGCGCGCCAAGGAAGCGGCAGAGAUUGCCUGGAAGCGACAGAUGGACAAGACUGCUGAGUUUGACAAGGACCAACAGAAACUGCGAGAAGACGCCAUCAACUUCCAGGCCGAGGAAAAUCAGCAGCUCGCUCUGUCUCCAUCGAUCGAGACGAUCGAGAAGGGCACCCACGACGAAGGCGACCUCACCCACCCCUCCACAAUGCCCGCGGAGUUCAUCACCGUUCCCAAGAUGUUCCGAGGCAAACUCAAGAUGUACCAGCGGAAGGGUCUCAGUUGGCUGGUCAACCUCUACGAGCAGGGCAUCAACGGCAUCCUGGCAGACGAGAUGGGCCUGGGUAAGACCGUGCAGUCCAUUUCGUUCCUCACCUACCUGGCCGAGGUGAAGAACAUCUGGGGCCCGUUCCUUGUUCUGGCGCCUACCUCGACGCUCCACAAUUGGCAGCAAGAGAUCACCAAGUUCUGCCCCGCUCUCAAGGUGCUGCCGUACUGGGGCUCGCAGAAGGACAGGAAGGUCAUCCGUAAGUUCUGGAAUCCUCGCCACUUGAAUUCGCCUUUCCACGUGCUCAUCACCAACUACAACAUCGUUGUUCGGGACGAGUCCUUUUUCCACCGGAUUAAGUGGGAGUUCAUGGUGCUGGAUGAGGCCCAGGCGAUCAAGAGCGCUUCGUCGGCGCGAUGGAAGAGCCUGCUCUCGUUCUCGUGCCGCAACCGGCUCCUCCUCACUGGCACGCCCAUUCAGAACUCCAUGGCCGAGUUGUGGGCGUUGCUGCACUUCAUCAUGCCCACGCUCUUCGACUCGCACGAGGAGUUCACCGAAUGGUUCUCCAAGGACAUCGAGAGCCACGCCGAGAACAAGUCCGCGUUGAAUGAGCAUCAACUGAGCCGCUUGCACAUGGUUCUGAAGCCGUUCAUGCUUCGUCGACUCAAGACGGACAUCGAGUUCGAAAUGCCCAAGAAGUUCGAGGUGGAGGUCAGCUGUGGCUUGUCGCCCCGGCAGAAGGCUCUGUAUCGCGCCAUCAAGGAGAAGCUGAACGUGGCCGAGCUGCUCACCCACAGCUUUGGCGACACCGCCGCGACCAACAGCGACCUCAUGAACCUCGUCAUGCACCUCCGCAAGGUGUGCAACCAUCCGGAGCUGUUCGAGCGAGGCACGUACAGGUCGCCCUGGCAGUACCGGCCACCGGCCACCACCGAGCAGUACUCCACGCCACCCAAGCCCUCCCCCGUGAAGCUCCCCAAGCUCCUCUACCAAGAAUUGGACGGCGUGCAGGAGCUGUACAACUACCCGGGCCUCAUCCUCAGUCCAAGGAGCGCGGUGAUGCGAGACCACUUGGACAUAUUCUCUCCCGAACACAUCCACCACUCGCUCUUCCCCAAGAAUGCUCCCAGCAAAUACUCAGUGUCUUCGCUGUUCUCGUUCACGCGCUUUGCCGAUAUGUCGCCUGCGGAGCUGGCGUGGAUGGCGAAGAGCGGCGCGCUGGAGCGAUGGGCCGUCCACAUCAACCACACCAAACGACGGCACGAACGACUGGGCGCCAUCUACCCCCACUCGACCGUGUCCCUCUUCCCUUCCGCGCAACCGACCCACCGCCGCCGGGUCGGCAGCGGCGACAUCACGGUGGUCGAGGAAGACGAGAGCCGGGUGGCGCCGUAUUACUACCCCUCGGCGCCGAUCAACAACCGAGCGCUCCUCCUCCUUCCCACAAUUUUGAAUCCGUUGGCGACGUCGGACGCGCUGUUGAGACCGAUCGCCACGCGGCGGCUGGUGCUCACAUCGCAACGACAGCGGUUGGAGGAGAUGCGACCCACCAUCCACGCCAUUCGCUACUACAUGCCCAAGGUGACUCCCAUCAUCACCAUCACCAUCAUCACCAUCGCCAUCGCCAUCAUCACCAUCGAUGACGUCAUGACGUUGGCGGCGGCGGCACCCCAUGAGCUGUACACGUCGAUGAAGCGACAGGUCAACCAACAGCGAUCGCUCAUGUUUAACGACUGGGCCCAGCGGCUGCUGGUCGGCGAGGGCGCCUUCCGCGCGCCCACGAGGCAGCGCAAGCUGCCCCGGCUGCUCGAGGAGAUCAAGGCGCCGGCGCCGUUGCGCGAGGCCGAGGAGCAGGGCGAGGAGCUGCGCGAGGGCCUGCUCUCGCCGCUGUGGGUGUCGGACGUGGGCCAUCUCAUCGCCGACUCAAGCAAGAUGCAGGUAUUGGACAAGCUGCUGAUCAAGCUCAAGGCGGAGGGCCAUCGCGUGCUGUGCUACUCGCAGAUGACGAAGAUGAUCGACAUCAUGGAGGACUACCUCACCUUCCGCGGCUAUCGCUACAUCCGACUCGACGGCUCCUCCAAGCUCUCCGAGAGGCGCGACAUGGUCGAAGACUUCCAAUCCAACUCGGACAUCUUCGUGUUCCUGCUGUCGACAAGGGCUGGUGGUCUGGGCAUCAACCUGACGUCGGCCGACACGGUCAUCUUCUACGACAGCGACUGGAACCCGACCAACGACGCGCAGGCCAUGGACCGAUGCCACCGCAUCGGCCAAACCGAGGACGUGACGGUCUACCGACUGGUCACCACCGGCAGCAUCGAGGAGCGCAUCCUCAAGCGCGCCCAGGAGAAGAGCAAGAUUCAGAACCUGGUCAUCGCCGGCGGCGCGUUCGAUCGCUCCGCGCUCGCCAUCCGCCCACAAGAGAUGGUGUCGUUGCUGCUGGACGAAGAGGGCCAGAAGGCGCAGCAGGCCAUGGCCGAAGCGGCGGCGGGCGGCGGGGCCGAGGACAAGGGCAAGGAGAAGGUCGGCGGGCGACGACCCGGCCGGAAGCCGCGCGAGGGCAUCAUCAUGGCGGCCGCCAGCGGGUUCCGCAAGCGCGUGCGCCCGCCGGCGCCGAAGAAGGAACCCAACGCCGCCGCCGGUGCCGCCGGCGCAGCGCCUCCGCGCAAGCGAGCCAAGACCAAGAAGGAGGAGUCUCCGAACCCUGGCGACAACACCAACGCCAACGGCAAUGGCAACACGACCAAAGCGGCCGCGGCGGCGACAACGCCAGUGAAGAAGAAGAGGGCGCCGCCAGCCAAGCGGAAGGCGCCAACGACCCCCAACACUGCAAAGACUGCAGCCCCAGCGCUGGUGGUGCCAGAGGGAGAAAAGCCGCCUGAAACUUCAGCACCCUAA